AUUUACGCGCACCAUAGAGAUUACGUUGAAGAGACGCUCUAGGAGACCAGUGACUCUAUGGUACAGUCUGAUGUAUAUGUCAGACUAGGACGCGACCCUUCAGUAACGAAUGAGCCAAUCGGAAGAGAGAACACAUUCCUGCAUCGGAGAGGUGGUCGGGGAUUGGUCGUGAGAAGGCAAUAGGCUGCGCGUGACGGGAUGGUGACAUGAGGUAGGCGGCUUAGUGGAGCAGCUGCGCAUGCGCGGAGUGGUGUGAGACGCAGAGACCUUCAGCUGGGGACAGGUGAUAAAGGGGCAAAUGGUUCGGGGGGCGGCUGGCAGUGCAUGGGGGACACACUGGGGGCCGAUACUGCGCUAGGUGCAUGCUGGGAGUAGCUGUAUAGCUAUCAGUAUAGACACAGCUUGUAAUGUAUGGUUAAUGUUAUUUAUGGGGAGUGCAUGAUCCAGGGCUUCAUUAUUAACCCAUUAAGGACACGUGUGACAUGUCAUGAUUCCCUUUUAUUCCAGAAGUUUGGUCCUUAAGGGGUUAAAGUAUGUCUGCCCAUACCCUGCUACUGUGUAUCCAAUAACACAGCUACAGCGCUCUCCGGGUACACUGUGCUAUGCAGUGAUAUCAGUAUGGGUGUGGUGGGCAUUUAUACAAUAUUCGCUAAAAAAAACAAUUAUAGCGACCAGAAAGGAGAUCUUCAAUAUUUAGGCUAAAAUAGCCCAGCUGUGACUGCAGCUGACCGGGAGAGAAUUGUUCCAGGUCAGCAGUGUUUGCCUAAAUUUUGCAAUUCUGAUUUUUUAAUUCACUACAAUUUUUAUAAUGCAGGGAAUACACUCUCUAAUUUUUAGCAUUUUUCCUUUGUUGGGAGAGAAUACAGUGUUCUGACAUCCCAUCUAAUAGCCUGAAUCCUAAUUAAAAAUAAACAGAGAUUGACAAAUGCACAUAUCUUACAUGCCUGUUAACAAAGAAUAUGUUGUUGAGCGCACAUAGCAGUAAUUGUUUCAAAGACCUUUUGUUAGAGGUUAGACUUGCAUAGCAUAGUGACCAUAAGAGUGGUGUGACCAUUAUUUAUGAGAAUAGAGGGUGUUGUUUUACUGUUAGGGGGUGUGUUACAAUAAAGGCAAUCAGAGGGGUAGUUAUAUGGUGUCAGCUGUAGUAUUCUGUUCCCGACAAUACAAGUUUUAAUAUAUAAAUCCCUCUGUCUCAAGUGCAAAGCAGUGUGGUUCCAAUCACGAUCAGUUCCUUUUGAUUAGCCCUGGAACCAGAUUUUUGGUUAUGGUAGAAUUCUUUUUAAGAAUGGGACUCCCACCAGGAGUAGGUACGUGCAAGUUUGACUUUUAAUAAAUAGACACAGUCACCCAUUACCUACAAAGAUACAGUUGUAAAGAAGCAUGACUAGUUGCAUGUACUUCAAGCAUGUCAAAAGUCUAGCAAGGGCCAAAUAAACAAGGUUUAUGUUUAUGUGGGCCGCAAAAAUAGAAAAAUACUUACUUACUUUUUCAUAGAAACGUAAGUUUAUUUUGAAAAGUACAGUAUAAAAAAAAAACAGCACCCCCCUCUAGCCAACAAGCAGACUCUACUCACAUUGCCGCAGCCAAUAUGUGACUCUGGAGUCUGGCCUCAGGUAUACCCCCCAAAUGGCGCCGUCCGCACCCUGUGCCAAAGCAGAUCCUCCCGCUACUUCUUGAAACCCUGUGAAGGUGGAGCACGUCAACGUCACGUUGGAAUGUGACAUGACGGGGCGUUGCGUGCCUCCAUGCAUCUCCAGGUCCUCCACUGUCCAGCUGCGGCCAUCGCAACACUGGGAAAAAUACUCCCCUAUUAUCUGCUUCUUACUUGCACUUUAAAUGCCCAUUUCUAGGGUGACACUGAUCUAGCCAGUCAAUGUCAUCUCACUAGGAAUCGUGGGGAAAUUGCGCAAUUGAAAUAUCUUGCAACGUCACUAAUAACAUUCUCGUACAUGCUCCAGCCGUGGAUGCGAGUUAUCGGUGUUCACAGAUCUCACUUCCGUUGCCAUCGGCUUACCUGCUUUAUCACUGUGCUACUUCUCGGCAAGACACUGAAGGAGCAUAUUUCUUAUUGGAAAUGCAGCAGCACAUGUAGCUGUUUUACAAUGUAUUGUUGACAUUUAAGAGCAUGUCUGACCUAAAUUUAAUAUUCACUGAAAUUAUAUACAUUCCCUAUAGUUGUCAUGUAGGUAGUGACUGUAAAGGAAUGGUUUCUGUGCAAACAAACCUCAGAUGUAUUUAAAUUUACAACCAUUGAUCAUCCUUAUGACUUUGGGAUUUAUUCAUGUCAAUGAUGAGAAUGUUAGGCAGACCAGUGGGUUGAUGGCUUAAAUGCCUGUUAGUGCAUCUUGACAGGGAGCUGCAACACAACUACUGAAAAACUGUAACGAUAACAUUAAAACAUUGUGGAUUACUCUGGGCUGCACAUAGGAGUUUGGAUUUCAUGCAGCUGCCAAUUGGACAGAGCUGGAAUAACAACUUACUUUAAAGGACCACUAUAGUG